AACGAAACAUAUCAGCAGCUACGUGUUGUAGGCUACGAUUCAUUUGUAGCCUAUGGUUCAACCAGACAUAAAGAAACAGCCAGCACGAUCUGUAGCCUACGGAUCAGACCGUAGGCUACGACGGGAACAGCAAGGGCACGCGUAUUGAUAUCUUGGACGGGUAUAAAAGGGUUUUUAAAACCCUAAAUCAUCAUCUUCGAUUUGGGGACUAGUUUGGGGAUCCAAGGCACGUCUUUAGCAUAUUUUUUCACUUAAAAACAUCAUUCUCCUCAUCACAUUAAGAAGAUUGAAGAUGAUUUCAACCGUGACACAAGCUUUUGAAGAUCAAUCAACCGAGAUGAGCAGCUAAUUCUCUAUGGUUUCCUCCGGGUGGAGGAUUCUUGUAAGUGAACUAGGUUAUGUGUUUGAAACUUUGUUAAAUCCGGUAAUCUAAGCAUUCGAUGCUUGUUACCGAUUGAUUUGAUUUAGUUUAUUUGUAAACGAUUGAGUUUGCUUAAAACCUAGUUUUGAUUCUUGUAAGUGAACUAGGUUAUGUGUUUGAAACUUUGUUAAAUCCGGUAAUUUCACCCCCAUGGUGUGAAAUCGCAUGGGGGAUUGGGAACACUAAAAGAGUGGGGAACAGUGGGGAACCGACUCAAACGAACUCCAAUUGGACUCAUUCCAGCGGCAUUGGAACCGGCUUGUCGAACCUUAACUAGUUCACGGCGUCCCUAGGUACAAGUGUGGUACAUAGCUACUAGGAGGCGUAUGGAUAUAUCCUAGGUAUAUUUCUAGGGAUAGAUGUCGGGUAGGCCAACCCGCAACAUCUUAGGUGGUUGUCACAUCUAUUUAGCUUAUGGAUACUUUUGUAUGAUUUGUUGUUGGUGCUACAUUUUUUAUUGUUAUUCUUGUUACUACUUAGGGUCGUUCAAAUUGCUCGACGCUCGUUCGGAAAUUGCUCGGAAAAUGCUCGUUCGAUUUGACGCUCGGUUGUAAACGAGCCGCUCUGCUUGGUUCGGUUUGUAAACGAGCCAAGCAUGAGCAAAGGUCCGCUCAGCUCGGUUCGGAUCGAAUUAUUAUUUUUAAUUAGUACAUCUAUACUAUAUUAAUAAGCAUAUCCGAAGGGCAAAAAUGAUUAUUUGCCACUUUUUCAACAUUUACAACACUUGGAAGCUAUAUAUACAAGCCUGUUAAGCCAAAAAAAAAAACACACACACACGGGAUCAGGGUUUCUAAGAGCAUUCACAUCCAACCCCCUAAAAUUAUACAUACAUUCCACUAAAAAACAACUCCUAUAUCAAUAUAUUUCCACUAAAAACAAAUACUUUUUCUCUCUCCUUUUCAAUUAAAUAAUAUUUUUAUACAUUUAUCAUUACAUUUUUCUCUCUCCUUCACUCAUAACCACUUUCAAUAUAUAUUAAAAAAUUAUAGUGGGUGAAUAGUGUCCCCCAAAUAUACAGAUGAACAGUAACAUUUUCUCUCUCCUCCACUCAUAAGUCAUAACCACUUUUUAUACUUUUUAUAUUUUAAAAACUCCACACUGAGAAUAUGAUGCCUUGGAUAUGAAUGCUCUAAAGCAUAAAACUGGGCGGCCAGAUCUUGGAUUCAAGUUUGAAUUCCCGCUGCUCAUCCCUAAAAACCCAUUUCCGCCUUCUUCUUUUCAUUUGUAGACAAAGAACCAGAGAAAAAAAUUGUAAGUUAGAGAGAAAGAGAGGAGAAGGAGAAAGAGAGGCAAUCCUUCAUCAUCAACAUCGCAGUGGUGGAGAACGAACCGGUAUGGUUUGUUUUUCCGGCGUCCCCCUUUGAUUCCAACGAUGGUGAGGAUAGGUGAGACGAGGACCGGCGGGGCGUUGAUGGAAGUCUAGCCAUCCAACACGACGAUAUGAACGGAAGCAACUAUUAGGGUACCGGAGAGGUUACAAACGGACGAUCUAACCUUGCAUGCCCUGAUAUUUGUAGGAAAAGAAUGCGGUUUUGUGAGAUUUGCAAAUAGGUAAUCAUGAAUUCUAAAGUGAAAUCUGUCCCGAUUGAGUUUUCGACCAGUUUGGAAGUUUUUUCGUCAACUGUUGUCUAGAGAUGGUUUAUACCUGGUUCUAUUUUUUUGACCGUAUUCGAAAGAGGCGUAUCAUGUUGUAAGGGGACCGUAAAUCUAAGCCUGCUAGAGUGUAUGGACUUGAGCCUAUUGCGAGGCACUUUAUCCUUAACGAGGAUGCAACGUUGUUUGGUCCGAUGAUGGAUUUGGUGCAAGAUGAGGUGACCAUUAAGAGCUGGUGAAAAGUCACAACCUGCAUACAGACAGGGUGGAUGUUAUUCAACAUAUGAUCGGUCAUUUUUGUCUUUAAAGCUCCCGCCAGCUGUAAAAAUAUUCAAUGUCCCCGCCCGCAUACAUGCCGUUACUAAGGCCAUGUGUAGUCAUAAAGCCCCCAAAUGGGCGUUAUGCGCCAUGUGGCAUGCCACGUCACCCCGGGGCUUUAUGGGGCUUGAGGCCGUAGUCAUAAAGCCCUACCUCAUCAUAACCAAAGUGUAAAAUGCAGGGACCAAAGUGUAAAAUGCAGGGACCAAAGUGUUUUAAUGCAGGGACCAAAUUGUAAAAUGCAGGGACCAAAGUGGAAAUCUCCUUCUUCCUCGCGCCGCGAAAUUUUUCACGGGGGUUUUCUUUUUUUUGCUCAUGGCGCCCCUGGGGGCGGUGUGGGGGGCUCCAUAUGGGCGCUAUGCCCUUGUUCGCGCUCCACUACAGGUAACCUAAUUAAGGGUUAGUUGAGUAGAACAUCCGGUUUUGCAGGAUCUUUCUGUCAUAGUUUUGUAACCGCCAAAUGGGCGGAGGGCUGGGUAACACAUUAAUAUGGAUUCAAGUCAAAACAGUUAUUUUUCUGGUACAUACGGAAGUAUUCGGGUCAGGUCAACAUGAAACAUUUCUUUCCCAUAGUUUUUGGUAAACAAGUGAUACAAUGAUAAUGGUUACAUGAUAUAAUGAAAUGAUAUAGGAUGUUUUAUGCAUUAGUAAACGGGUCAAAGUUACCCAUUAUAGAUAAUUUUUUUUAUACAAACCGUCUCGAUUCAUAACAAAAUGUGUCAAAGUCACGAUGAGUAAACUCUUGCAAGAUAACUGGUUAUUUAAAAGUGACUUGGAGUUUUGAGGCGAUUGUACUGUCUCUAAAUAUAGUAGCCUCUAAGCCUAUGGUAUUGCAACUUGGUGUUUUGCUAUGUGUAUUCAUAUGGGUUUGAUCAUUUCCGGUCGUUUUGUUGAGUAACUGACAGUUUGAACAUUCACACUUCAUCGAGGUUGCUCUCGCAUCAUCAAAAAGUCUUUUUAAAGAGGUAUGCGUAAGACCCCCCGUAACGGGGCGUUGUUUAUAAAAAAAAUUCAAAAAAAACGCUCGAUAACGCCGGAAACCCCAUUACAUGGGGCGUUUCCGGGCGUUUUUUUUGAAAAAAAAUGUUCCCGGCGUGGUUAUAAAAACGCUGAACAAUGUUGAAUGGGCCAAUCCAAACGGCUAGUUUUUAACGGCUAGUUUUUAUUUAUUUUUUUUUUUUAUUUCAUUUCCCCCUAUAUAUAUAUAUAUACACUCAACCAUUUUCAACCAAAAAAAUCACAAAAACUCUCUAAAAAAUACAAGCAUUUUAUAAAAACUUGAUGGAUUCUCCUAGUUCUUCCUCCAUGCUAAACUAUUGUUACCACGAGUUUUUUGCGGAUGGCGAUGGUUCAACCGAUGAGGAGGUUGAGCAAGAGGCGGUUACGGGUGCUUGUAAACUAGCGAUGAGAUAUGCCGAGCAUUGUGGUCGCCCCCAAGCCAAAAAAGGUAAAAGAGGUUAUAUUGAAUGAGACCGACGCGGGGCACAUGAUCGUUUGAUGAAAGAUUAUUUUGAUGAGGAGCCGACAUAUUCGAACGAAAUGUUUAGACGUCGUUUCCGAAUGAGUAAGCGGUUAUUUCUACGUAUAGUCCACGACUUGGAAGCCAACUACGAUUUUUUUAAACAAAAAGCGGAUGCGAGAGGGGAACUUGGAUUUACCGGUAUCCAAAAGUGUACCUCGGCGUUACGAAUCCUUGCUUAUGGAAACACUACCGACAUCAAUGACGAGUAUCUAAAAAUGGGGGAGAAAACAACGAGAGAUAGCUUGGAGCAUUUUUGUCGCGGUAUAAUUGAUGUGUACGGUGCGCGUUAUCUUAGAACGCCCACAUGGGACGACCUUCAAAAGAUCUACGAGGUACAUAAUGCCGAGCAUGGUUUGCCUGGUAUGAUCGGGAGCAUAGAUUGCAUGCAUUGGCGUUGGGAUAACUGCCCGACUGCAUGGCGAGGCCAACACACACGUGGUGACCAAAAAGGACCCACUAUUAUUCUUCAGGCGGUUGCUUCACAGGACCUUUGGGUUUGGUCGGCUUACUUUGGCGUGGUCGGGUCAUGCAAUGAUAUUAAUGUUUUUGAACAAUCUCCGCUGUUAGAGGAGUGGAUUUCUGGCAAAGCUCCUAAAGCGUCGUUUUACGCAAAUGGAAACUACUACCCUCAUGGGUAUUAUUUGAGCGACGGAAUAUAUCCUAGGUAUUCGAUUUUCGUGAAGACGUAUAGUGAUCCUAUUGAUGAAAAAAGAGCAUAUUUUAAAAAGGUUCAAGAGUCUUCACGAAAAGACAUUGAGAGAUGCUUUGGGGUUCUUAAACAACGCUGGCAUUAUUUGAGAAAUCCUUGUCGUGCAUGGAGCAAGCAAAAAAUGAGAGAUGCUAUGUACGCGUGUAUAAUCAUGCACAACAUGAUUUUGGAAGACGAAGGAAAGGCAAUAUGCCAGAAUUAUGUGCCAGAAGCCGUUCAAGAAGAGCAUCCGCAGGCGUCAAUGGAAGAAAGAGUGAAUAAUGCGCGAGAGUUGCGUUACGAACCGUACCAUUCCCAGUUAAUGGUUGAUUUACUACACCACGCAUGGUCGGUUCGGUAUGUACCACCGGAGGGAGAGGAAGAAAGCGAAGAUGAAAACUAGUCUUUUUUUUUAAAUUCGGAUUUUAAUUUUUUUAUUUGUAGUAUUUUUUUUAUUUAACCGGAUUUUAUGUUUUUUAUUUGUAGUAUUGUAUUUUUUUUAUUUAAUAAAGUAUUUAAAGUUUAAAAAAAAUA